AUGCUGUCGUUGAAGGGUGACAACUUACGAAACUGCAGCUUGAGCCUCGGCACUCUCGACAACCCCCACGGACCACCUCUGAAACCAUUCUUCCAAGACUACACUCCUCAGCUACACUCACUGCGCUUGGAGCGCACCCCAUACCUUCCUUCCAACCGCUUCCCAACACUCACGCACCUCACGCUAGAGUGUUCCUGGAGGAUCAUCUUCACAUUUCGCGAUCUCCAAACAUUCCUGGCGAAUUGCCCCAAUCUUCAAUCGCUUCACUUAGGUAUGCUGGGUGCAAGCAGAAUGGAGGCACCCACCACGGCAGGUGCUAUCAAUUCCUCAAUACACUUUCCUCAUCUUCGCAGGUUUUCCGUGCUUGACGACCUGAGGCCUUCGCGCGGACCUGCCCUGGACGACCCGAUAACCGCUGAAGAAGCCCGUCGUCUCAUCAAUCGCUCUGCUCUUCACCGUGCUCUCAUUUCCAUGGUCGUCUUACCGGCUCAGUGUAUCCUAUACAUUGUGCCAGUGCUCUCUCGCGAUCUAACCAUAUACGCAAACCACAUCUCCAAGGGACCGAGGGAUCUCUCGUCGAUGCGCAUCAUCGACGGCCGGCAGAGUUACGCGUCGCUCGGAUCCGGCGCCAUCUCCCUCCAACUCGUGAAUCCCACGACCUGCCGGGGGGUACGCUUCGACGUACAAGUCCGUGGCUGCGACGAAGCAAAAGCGACUAUCCAACAAAACCUUCGCCUCGCCAUUUCCACAUCCCCUCUCUUCGCUCACGUGCGCGAGCUCUGGAUAGGCACCGGCGCCAUCGAGUUCUUCUACGUCCAGGACAGUCUUUUGCACAGCUUGCCUCGCCUGAGGUUCUUGCAGAUCUGGUGCAGUGCAAUGGAGGAGCACAGGCUCUCCGCCGUUCUCGAGGUCUUGACUCCUCCGAAGGACGGGCCCGUCCUGUGUCCGGAGCUCGAGGCGUUGUGCGUGCUCGUGUCCGGCCAAAGACACGUCACGCGCUUGCGAAGGCUCCUCCUGCGACGCGCACAAAUGGGCCAUCCCCUCCAGCGUCUGCACAUCGUCUGGGACCUAGCCGAGGACAUCGACGAGGGGUCCAUCGAGGACGAGUCGUCCAUCGCGGAAAGCGAGACGAGCAGCCGUGGCACUGAUAGCCGGGAGGCUAAGAUGCACUCGCCGUCGGGAUACCAGGAAGCACGGGAGUUGGGAGAACUUGUCGAGCAUUUCGGGAUCACCAAAACGCUCAAUCGUACGAAACCGCCGCGCUUCCCUCGGGAUAGCUGGGUGCCAUCUUGGGACGACCGUAUUCCACCAGAAUGUCGCGCCGCGGAGGAAAUGGGGGAUUAUUGGCCUGUGUGGGAGCAUCGGGCCUUUAUUUGGGACAGGCUGAGCGACGAGUCUGAGUAUUAGGAUGAUCGGAGGCGCUUGGCGGAAUCAAGCGGGUUAUGAAGGAGCCGAACUCAACGGCCCGUGGUAGUAAGCACGGAGGCAUUGUAUAUCAGAGCCGCGAGACGAAGCGUUGCCAUCCGGCGGUUUGCAGGCGAAGCACUCCGGGUAGUAUCCGCCCACGGCUCACCAAUCGCUCACCGGGCCCCAAACAAGAGCUGUGGAAGUGAGGUCAGAGCGGCGAGGCAUGUUGGGGCGGCACGGCCGUCACCCGGCGAUCCUGGGACGGUGAGCAGGAGCACCCACUCGGGUAAGCCCGCUAUGCAGCCCCAUCAAGCAACUGGUGGAUCUUCAUGGUGGCUGUACGGACGGCGUGCCGCGUGAAUGCACCUGCGACCGUUGAUCCCGGAGAGUCCGGGCGCGUUAUGGCGUGCAGCACGUUGUGAGGCUCGUCAAAGCGGACCUCGAGAGGCGGCGGGGAAUUACCAAACGAACACCGUGUCGACCCCGAACUGCAAUCAAAAUCACCACCUCCUGUUCCUGUGCGUGCUUACAAUGCCGCCCAGCUGGCGCCCGGCUCCGGCCACGCGAGGCGCUCUUCCCCUCGCGUAGCACUCCUCCCCGUCUCAAAUCGCAUCGUUCUGGCGUCGCGGCUGUGCUGCAUUGUAUUCCUUCUGGAAGCGACCGCCCAAGAUGCGCGCGGGACCGUCCAGUAUAUAUGCGUCCACAUCAUCGACUGGUGAAGCCACCUCCGCGGUUCCUCUCUUUUCCUUUCUCUCUACUUCAGUCUCGUGGAGGCUCC